AUGACUGGAAUUCAUACAGAAAAAUGCAUUCUAAAAUUAGGUACGGCCUUAACAAUGGAACACACCAUCCCAUCAUUUCAAGGAUGUCAAACCGAAAAAUUUUGCGUUUAUGUUUAUGCCUCCGUGCCUUGCCAUCUAACGUUAAUCCAAGAAACUCCACCAAAAGCAGCAAAGAUCACCGACAAGAGUCAACAUCCGAGUCAUCACAGUCGCGAAUUCCGAAAUCGCAGUCGGCGUAUGUCAAAGGACAAUUGCCGACGCACGUCAAAAUCAAGUCGCCGAUGUCGACGACCGCCAAAAACAGUUGCCGGUUGCCUCAGAGCGAACACGUGGUUUAAACGGUGGUUCGCGGCCGACUAUGACUCGACCAGCAUCGAACUUACCUGGUCAUACCUGGGCGAAACGUGCUUGUGGUCUUUCGACAUAGCCUUUAAACGUAAAAUUGUUCAUAAUGAGCGAUACAGCUCUCCUCAUAAGAAUAUUAGAUUCUCUAAGUCACUUCAAGAAAAAAUAGAUCAAUUGAAUAACCUAGCAUGGCUGCGUAAAGAGAUUCAAGAUACUAAUUUGGAAACAAAAUUUAAAUCUUUAAGAAAAGAGGUUGAUAAGACUAUUCGUGAUGAAAGGAUUAGUUACUACCACUCGAUAAUCAGCAAAUCUUCAAACAAACAGAAAACUACUUGGAAUAUUGACAAUUCAAUAAAAGAUGCUGCGUCCCUGCCUGCGCCUACUCUGAACAUCAGCCGCAUAAAACCAGAUCCAGCGCAGCAACAGAGGGCAAGCCGUAAGAAGAAAGCGUACCAAAUUAUACUUAUAACUGUCAAAGGAGGCAUCAGUCCGUUGACAGAUCACUUCGAUUAUUCCCAAUUCAAUUGUCUUCCCUCGGUACUGUCAAGAACAUUGUUCGUUUCGGAAGUAUUCGAACAAGAAGAAAAGAUUCUGACGUCCCCCGUGCUAGUCUUUCCUAUUAUGCUUAGAGAGAAAGGUAUCUUCAUUACCUGGGAAGGAAUUAGGGAUGGAUGGUGGAUGUAUUGUCUAGUAUUGAACUGGAAUCGAAGAAUGAGGGGACAGAUUCAGGAUGCAACAGAGAGAAUAUAA